AUGCCUGUCGAUCAUGUUUCACAGAUUUUCCAGUCAAUGACUGCCGAACUGGAACAGGUAAUCGCUCGUUACCAAAGUUUAUUCCGGACUGAGGAACAUUUUCCCUCGUUGUUCAAUAAAACAGAAGCAUUCAGUCACAGUUACGUACGACCUUUAUCCUCUGCACUGGGUAUUCUCAAAGAGGCGCAGACUGCCCAUGAUAACUUUCGAGAACUGGAUUCGCGCUAUUUUCUUCCUCCGCUGAAAAAGGUUGCUGAUAUUCUACCACUUAUUUCGAAGCUGACCGCUGAACGAGAGCAAAUUGUCAAAGACCUGGACAAGAGCUCUAAGAAAUGCAUGAAGCUUGAAGGAUCAGAACGUACUGGGGAAAAUCUUGCCAAGUUAGCCAAGGUGCUAAUAGUUAUCCAAUUUAUUUCUUCUUAG